AUCAGUUGUUGCUAUUGUUUUCAUUUUGACUUUAAUAUUUUUUGUUUUUUAGUUUGUUUUUCUUUUGAUACGCAUUUUGUUACCAUGGAAACGACCGUAAAAGCAUUAUCGAACGUUAGGGACCAAGCUCCGGCAAUUAUUAUCACGGGACGUCCCAAGCUCUCAGUGUCCGUUGACGCGGAUCUUGUUUACAAAAACGAAAAAUUCUUUGGCACUCUGAUGAACGAAACCCGGCUGCUGGACUCGGUGCUAUCCAAAGAGAAUCCACAACGGCAACAAGCUGUCCAAUUCGAAACUGCCAUGUCCGACGAGCUGAAGAAGCUGAAACAACAGCAAUUUGUGGAUCGAACGCGACGUCAACAGCUGCGCAACGACUGCGAAGAGCUACGAAUUUUAGCUGAGCAACUGCGCCUGGCGGCCAUCACAAAGGAGCUAGAUGAGCACAUGGUUGAGCGUCACAGGAACCGUCAGCUGGCGAAGGACGCCAAGGUGAAGGGCAAUGAGCGUGCCGAGGCUCAAAGGCUACAACAGUUGGCCCAAGAACAGGAGCGAGAGCUGCUUAAGAAGCAGGAGCAAAUCCGUUUUCGCGAGAGUCUCUCUUCCCAGAUUGAGCAAACGCAGCUACGACGCAAGCAUCAGUGUGUCAAGACCGCAGCAGAACGCGAGGAGAGCAUUGUUAUCCAGCGGCGCAUCGAGGAGGAAGACAAAGCGGAGCAACUGCAAAUCCUGAGGAUAAAGCAAAAGAAUCUGCAGUGCCAUCUGGAGUAUAUGAAGCAGAAGCACGAGUACAAGGAGCGCGAGAAAGCGCUGAGUGCAGAGAUGGCGGCCAAGCUAGAGCAGGAGCAAGCGCAACGAGCGCAACAGAAGGACGAAAUCGAGGCGGCGAGACGAGCAGCGCAAUUGAAGCAGGAACAGAUUAGCCUGAAGAUUGGGAAACAAGUACAAGAGAUUGAGAACGUGAAGCGUCAGCGCGACAAUCUGCUGCUCGAUCUGCUGCAGGCGGAGUACAAAGCCAAGGAUGAUGAACGCCAUCGGCAGCAGUUGGAGCAGGAGCAAUUAGAACGUUUGCGCGCACGCCAGGAGCUUGAACGUUAUCGCGCUUGCAUGCGCGAACGCAGCUUGGAGGAUGCUCGCCUCCGGCAGCAACAGAUUGUGGAGCGUACCCAGGAGACUGUGGAGAGUCAAGAGAUUGAGGAGAUUGCCAAGGAACGCACGCGUCGCAGGGAACAUGGUGCUUUGCUGCUCUCCAUGAUUGAGGAAAAUAAUCGCAAGCGUGCCGAGGCUGCGGCAGAGAAUGUCCAGUUCUUCGAUAUGAAAGCCAAAUCGGAAGCGGAGCUCCAACAUCGCAUUGAAGAGGAGCGUCUUAAGAUGCUCAGUUCUGUGCCCGCUGAAGUGCUUCAAUAUCUACCAAAACAUGCGCUUUCCCAAGCCGACCGUAAGCGUUUCAACAUUCGCUGGAAAACGGAAAUCUUACAGUGAAGGUUACAAGAGAGAGCAUUUCGAUUUUCAAAACGCAUCACCCAAAACCGCCCACAGUGCGUACGUGACGUGAAUCAUACGUUGGCUGUCGUUGCCAGAUCUAUGCUUCACAGUGCGUACGUGACGUGUCUCAUACGUUGGCCUAAUGUUGCCGGAUCCACUCAACAAGUGCUCAAGGGCAGUACGCCACUACGUACGUCACUUUUCACUAGCAAAUGAAUAAAUAUUAUUUCACUUACAUAACCCCGUAAAUUCACAAUUUAAAAAUAAAAACUAAUUAUAUUCAUAACUAUUGUGUGCGUAUUUUGUGUAAAUAAGGAUGGCAAUUGAUGCGAAAAUUGCUUACUAUUAUUUCACAUGAAAUAACGGUUAAAUUCAACAAUAAAAUAUUUUAAUUUUAAAGACAUAAUACAAAUGUAGAAGCGCACUAUUUUGUGUGUUCAUAUAAAUAAAAAUAAUUUACAUAUGUACAUUAAUUAUUGUAUUUUAAAAAUGUGCAGCAAUUUUAAAAAGCUGAACUUUAUUACAAUCAAAAAAUAUUCUUAAAAAAUAGUGACAGCUCUUCAAUAUUCUGCGAGCGGUUGGCAACCCUUGCGACCAGCCCACACAACAGACGUGUGGUAUGGCAACACCAGGACAUCGCAGUCGCUUUAGUUUAAUGGCGGACGACGGAACGUAAAGAAAGAAAGAAAAAGUGGGAGUGAUCUUUGUUUUGCUAUUUACAUCUAAAAUAACUCAAGCAGCAAGUAAAAGCAAAUAAGUAACGACAAACCAAAACAGGCAAACAACAAAUUGCAGUGUGCACGUGUGUGAUUAUUAUUAAAAAUGCCUGUGUCAACAAUAUUUACAGUGCAAAAAAGACAAAAAUAAAAAGUGGUGCGCAAACAAAAAAAAAAAAACAAGAAAAAGAAAAA